UCUUCUUCAUCCGGAUCGUGUGAUUGGCGCAGCUCUGCACAGCCAUAACCAUAACGCCCCCCGUGGUCAAACGCGCCACUUUACCAUCUCUCCACUCCACCUCGAAGCACAUUGGUACAGUCGACCAGAGCGUCUCUCUGCGCCGCGUCCUUUGCAUGAGAGUCCCCCCGCCGCCGCCAAGACGCCACGGCGACCUAUCAAUGUGGCUCAGCGUCUUGCAGUCGUCCUCCCGCCCCCCGCUAAACAAGCUUGUCCUGCCAUUCCCACGAACCACGCACGCUACGGUGACUGGUCCGACAAGGGAGAUCACCAGUGCCAUGCUUGCCAGGCACGAGGAGCCGGGACAGGGCCAUGGCGGAUGACGUGCCAGGUGAGAGUGAGGGGAGGAGCAAGCAGCCUUUGCGUUCUUCUCUCGCCGCACAAGGGAAACCGGGAGCGGUGGCGACCUUCCACGCUGCUGGCGACGCAUCAUUGGCCAUCUUUCAGUAUGCCUCGACCGUUUUCUUGAAUUUGUGGCAUGGAUGAUGAUGACCCUGCUCGGCCUUUGACGGGCGGGCAACGGGGGACCAUCAUAAUUGUGGUCCGGACACUCCCAACGUGUUCGGGCAAUAUGAGCCUGGCCGAUCAUCAUCCAUUGCUGGAAAGUAUAUCCAAAUGGGGGGAUGGACGAUUCAGUACACCAAUAUCCGUAAAUUGGCAGACGAGGCACGACGUAUAAGCGCCGAGGGACCGCUUCCCCCUUCCAUGUUGAACUGCCGACACACCCUUUACCCAUCCAUAGUAUAUCGACUUUUGUUCCCUCACCAUCGACAUUUCCACACGUGUCGACAGAUAUGGGACAGAAGCCCAGCAGCCCGUUGGCGACCUGCCUCAACAAUGUCUGUGACGGUCGUUCGUCCUGCGUCGGCUAUCCCAACGACCCCCUCUUCCAAAUCAACUGGGUGAAGCCGUACAACCUUGACAUCGCCGUCGAACCCAUCGCCGUCACCCGGCCAAAGACCACCGAGGAUGUCGCCGGCUUCGUCAAAUGCGCCGCAGAUAACAACGUCAAGGUCCAGGCCAAGUCGGGAGGUCACUCUUAUGCCAACUUCGGCCUCGGUGGCACUGACGGCGCCCUAGUCAUCGAUCUUGUCAACUUUCAGCACUUUUCGAUGGACACGGAUACCUGGCAAGCAACCAUCGGUGGAGGCAACAGGCUGCACGACGUUACCGAGAAAUUGCACGACAACGGGAAACGCGCCAUGGCCCACGGCACGUGUCCUGGUGUGGGCAUCGGCGGCCAUGCAACUAUUGGCGGUCUCGGCCCCAGCUCACGCAUGUGGGGAAGCUGCCUUGACCACGUCGUUGAGGUCGAAGUUGUCACGGCCGACGGCAAGAUCCAGCGCGCCAGUGACACGCAGAACUCGGAUCUCUUCUUCGCGCUCAAGGGCGCCGGCGCCGGCUUCGGUGUCAUCACCGAGUUUGUCAUGCGGACCCACCCGGAACCCGGCGACAUCGUGCAGUACUCGUAUUCCAUCACCUUCUCCAAACACCGCGACCUCGCCCCCGUCUUCAAGCAGUGGCAAGACCUCAUCUCUGACCCGGCGCUCGACCGCCGCUUCAGCAGCGAGUUCGUCAUGCAGGAGCUCGGCGUCGCUAUCACGGCUACCUUCUAUGGCACCGAAGACGAGUUCAAGGAGACGGGCAUUCCGGACAGGAUCCCCAAGGGCAAGAUCUCGGUUGUCGUCAACGACUGGCUCGGCGACGUGGCACAAAAGGCGCAGGACGCGGCCCUCUGGCUCAGCGAGGUCCAGUCCCCCUUCACGGCCAAGAGCCUCGCCUUCACGCGCGACGACCUCUUGACCGAGGAUGGCAUCCAGGCUCUAAUGGACUACAUUGACGAGGUCGACCGCGGCACGCUGAUCUGGUUUCUCAUCUUCGACGUGACGGGCGGCGCCAUCAACGACGUGCCGAUGAACGCCACCGCCUACCGCCACCGCGACAAGAUUAUGUUUUGCCAGGGCUACGGCGUCGGCCUCCCGACGCUGAGCACCAAGACCAAGGAGUUUAUGGCGGGUGUCGCCGAGACGAUCCGCAAGGCCAGCCCGAACGAGCUCAGCACGUAUGCCGGGUACGUCGACCCGACGCUCGAGAACGCGCAGGAGAAGUACUGGGGGGCCAACCUGCCGGCGCUGCAGCGCAUCAAGGCGACAUGGGACCCCGAGGACCUCUUCUCCAACCCGCAGAGCGUGCGGCCCGAUGCGAACGCAAAGGACGUUGAGUCAGAGGCGAGCAGCCCCGGCAGUGGCGGCAAUGGUAGCAGCGGUAGCAGCAGCGAUUCCAACGGCAGCGAUCCAAAAGGCGGCGACAGCUAGGAUGAAGCCGGGAGUUCACGGCGUCUGCUUGACUCCGUGAGACUUCCACUCACCACGGGCUGGGUUUUGGUGUUUUCGCUCUUCUUGUUUUUGUGACGUCGGUCCAUGGAUUCAUACCAUUCACACCAUUCACACCAUUCACACUUGUCUGGAUAGACCUUGAGGCAGUCCCUCACUUGGUCUUGCCCAUUUUCUUCUACUUUAGAUACCCGGUAUCCAAUGCAACUCUCCUCGUUCUGAAACGUGUAUCAAUCUUGCGUUUGUGUUCGGGUAGACAAGUGUGUGAAGUUCGAUGCUAUAUAGAGCCCACUUAGGUAACUAGGCAACAUGGCAACACUCUGCAGGCCCUUCUUAGUGCUGUGCCUCUUCAGUCGACAUGCCCGCUGACGAAGGCACUAGGUACCCAAGAUCCCUGGUUUGCGCCGGUGG